AAAUUAGUCAAACAAAAGAUUUUUUAAACUUUUGUUGUAUUGAAUAACAUUACAGAGAUGAAAAUUUUCAUCAAUUCCUAUAUGGUUCACUUAAAGCCCCUUAUAAAAUAUUGAUUUGAAAGUGAAACUUGAAAUGGAAAAACUUAAUAUCUCAAUGAGCCCAUACUUAUCAUCUGAAAUUGUGAAGAAAUUAGCGCAAAAUAGAAUUUUUACAAUACGAGAUUUAGUACAGGAGGACGUUGAAAAAUUGUCGCAUAUUACUAGAUUAAACAUCACAUGCAUAAUAGAUAUAAGAGAAAGUAUUUUUAAACUUUAUUCAGCGCCUAUAAAAAAUGGAUUUACCUUACUAUCCGAAUCUGCAAUAAAAGAAAGAUUCUUAAAAAGUGGUGUAAAGAGUCUAGAUACAGCAUUAAAUGGUGGUAUUCCCAUUGGAUAUAUAACUGAAGUAUGUGGCCUGGCUGGGGCAGGGAAAACACAGCUCUGUAUGCAGAUAGCUAUAAACUGUGUGCGCUCUAGUGAGAAAACAGUCCUGUACAUAGAUACAAAGGGUGAUUUCUCAGCUGUUAGAAUACAAAAGAUUCUAGAUUCAUGGCGGUUAUCCCAUAAGGAAAUGGCAAUAAUUAUGAUGAAAAUUAAAGUAGUUUAUGUAUGGUCAAUGGAAGAUUUAAUACAGUUAUUACAAGGCAUUAAACUCAAGAAAAUAUGUCUAGAUAGGUUGUCAUUAGUUAUAGUUGAUUCUUUGCCUAGUCUAAUGUUUCAACACUUUGGUGAUGACAAUAAAAUGGGUUUGAAGUUUUUGAAUAUAUUUGUAAACCAUGCAAGAUACUUAUGCCAAGAAUUUGAUAUCAGUGUUCUGUGUGUUAAUACUGUUACAAGAUGGAUUGAUCAAGAUGUACCAGAUGUAGAUGGCGAAACCAUGUGUUCAACAUCUAAAGAAAAUGUGUAUGUUGAGACGAAAAAUCGCUGCUUAGGAAAAUAUUGGAGUCAUAUACCUUUAAUUGUUUUGCUACUUGAAAAACCUAUUGCAACAAGCAAUGACAUAAAUAAUCAAAAUAUUAAUGUAACUGUGAUAGAUUCCAACAUGCACAAGAAUGCACAAUGUACUAUAAAAAUAGAUUGUUCGGGAGUCACUUAAUAAAGCUAUUACUGAAUCA